AUGGAUCUCUGCCCUGAAGAGAUCCUCUUCGCCAUAUUUAGCAUUGCCUGCACGGACGAUGGCACCACCGGCCGCGCACUCUCUAUCACGUCUCGCCGCGCCCGUCGCAUUUCCGCACCUUUUAAAUACCGGUCCUUAGCUCUCAAUGGCGUGGCGCAGGUCAAGGCCUUCGCCAAGCACCUCAGAACGAUUAAAGCGGUCGAGCAGGACCUGGAUCGCACAGCAUGCAGCGUGGAACAUCUCCUCGUCAUGAAGACACCGCGGCCUUUGAAGUCGGUGCCGGAGCCGAGUGCUGCUGCUAUGAAUGCUGACCUCAAUCACACCACGGACGAAGAAAGUUGUUAUCGACCCUCCACCGAAGACCCCGUUUUGGGGGCGGCGACCGGCGCUCCGCUAAUACCGUACCGUGCCACACUAUACCAUAAUGACGAAGUUGCUGCUGGCUUCGAGUUAUCAUCCCUGCUCGCUCUCGUCGCGCCAACCUUGCGCACACUCUUCACGGACUUCGACGUAUCCAUUUGCUCGGCCGCGGACGGCCCUAUACCCUAUAUUUCCUUUCCCCGACUGGCCGCCUGUUCCAUCCUGACCGCCAGCUCCGUUUGCUACCGCCCGCCGUUCGGGUCCCCGGAGUGCCUCCCCAUGCUCACCCACCUCCAUAUCACGAACUGCCCUAUCAUCGCUGCGGAGGGGUCCAGCCGCUUCGUCACCGGCUUCUGGGGCGACCUCGCCAUGUCUCCUCUGAACGCCGCGCUUUCGCACCUCCGCAUCUCCGGCGUGCAAGCGGGCGCGGAGGAGAUCUACCGUGGCAUCUAUCGUCUCGAUGCCCCGGACGAGGCCGACCUCGCGCACGCCGCUCCUGCAUCGUUCCGCAAGAUGAGGGUGUCGCAGCUGCACGCCCUGCAGCACGCCCUGCAGCACGUGUGGGUCGAGCCUUCCCCGGACGCGCACGAUAGGAUAGAGGAUGAGAUACGCCUCCUGGCCGAGCAGGUGCCAGGGACGCAGGGAGGUGGGGAGAAGUUCGCGCUCUUGAGGCCGAAGCCAAGCGGGUAUGACGAGGACCAGAUGAAGACGGACUGGCUGAGCUUCGUCGCCGGCGGCGAUGGGCCAUGGCCUGCGCAUAAAACCACUGACGCUUGGCGCUAG